GGAGGCGGGACACGGAGACUGAAUGACCGAAGACUGAUAUUUAUGAAGAACAGAGUGAAUUAGAAAGAAUGUAAAGAAGAGAUUCAAGCUCUUUCCGGUGCACUACGAACUGAACAAGGAAGUAAUUUCACACGAGCGAAAGUGAAACAAAUGUCGAGCUAAAAUCUCUCUUUUUUUACAGAAGAAUAUAAGUACAGCACCGUUAAAGACUUCAAGAGGAGUAGAAACGUACACAAUUCUGACUUUCCACUUAAAGCGAGGCGAAAAAUAAAGGUUUAACUGAGCAUAAAAUGGCAGAAGCUUCAUCACCACAACCAAGAAAAGGCAAAAGAAAAUGGAUGGAUACACCCGAUUCUUGGAUUUUUGUUUCACGUGAUUCCAGCAGUCUCCUGUCUGAAGAGCAGCUGCUGUGUUCGAUCUGUCUGGAUGUGUUCACUGAUCCAGUUACCGCUCCAUGUGGACACAACUUCUGUAAGAGCUGCCUUACACAGUGCUGGGAGAACAGUCAACACUGUCAAUGUCCAUUAUGUAAAGAGAAAUUCACCAAGAGACCUGAACUGAAGAUUAAUAUAACACUGAGAGAGGUUGCAGAUCACUUCAAGAAGAAAAGUCGUACUGACAAACCUGAGGUUCUUUGUGAUGCCUGCACUGGAGAGAAGCUAAAGGCGAUGAAAUCCUGUCUGGAUUGUUGUGCAACUUUCUGUAAAACUCAUAUAGAGCCACAUAAUCAUGUUCCAAGCUAUAAGAAACACAAACUAAUAAACCCUGUGGAGAACCUGGAGGACUACAUAUGCCAGAAACAUGAGAGAGCUCUGGAGCUGUUCUGUAGACAUGAUCAGAUGUGUGUGUGUCAGUUCUGCACUGAAGGAGAGCACAAGAAUCACAACACUGUUUCUAUAGAGGAGGAGAGUGGAGAGAGGAAGACUCAGCUGGUGAAAAUACAGACAGAUGUGCAGCAGAUGAUUCAGGACCGACUGAAGAAGAUAAAAGAGAUCAAACACUCAGUAGACCAAAGCAAGAGAAGCACAGAGAAAGAGAAAGCAGACAGUGUUGAAGUCUUCACUGCUCUGAUUCGCUCCAUUGAGAGAAGUCAGGCUGAGCUGCUCGAGGUGAUGGAGGAGAAGCAGAAAGCAGCAGAGAGGCAGGCUGAAGGAUUCAUUAAAGAGCUGGAGCAGGAAAUCACUGUGCUAAAGAGGAGAGACACUGAGCUGGAGCAGCUCUCACACACUGAGGAGCAUCUCCACCUCCUACAGAUUUACUCCUCCAUGUGCAGCCCUCCACACACCAAGAACAGGACUGAGAUCAGUAUUAACACUGAUCUGAGUGUGGACACUGUGAGGACAACUCUGUCUCAGCUUCAGCAAACUCUGAAUGAGAAACUCACUAAAACACUCAAUGACAAAAUAAAAGAAAAAGAAAUGAAGAGGAUUCAGCAGUAUGCAGUGGAUGUGACUCUGGAUCCUGAUACAGCUCAUCCAUAUCUCAUCCUGUCUGCUGAUGGAAAAAAAGUGACACAUGGAGACACACAACAGAAUCUCCCCGAUGCACCACAGAGGUUUGAUUAUUGUGUUAAUGUUCUGGGAAAGCAAACUUUCUCCUCAGGGAGAUUUUAUUUUGAGAUGCAGGUCAGAGGGAAAACUGCAUGGGAUGUUGGAGUGGCUACAGAGUCCAUUAACAGGAAGGGGAAUAUUACACUGACUCCUCAGAAUGGAUUCUGGACUGUGGAUCUGAGGAAUGAGAAUCAGUACAGUGCUUGUGAUGAUCCCCCUGUCCCCCUCACACUGAGAGAGAAGGUGGAGGUGGUGGGGGUGUUUGUGGAUUAUGAGGAGGGUCUGGUCUCCUUUUAUGAUGUGAAGUCCAGAUCUCAUAUCUACUCUUUCACUGGUCAGUCUUUCACUGAGAAACUCUAUCCUUUCUUUUGCCCUGGUAUAAAUGAUAGAGUAAAAAAUUCAGUACCACUGAUCAUCUCUCCUGUAUUUAAGACUUAAUGAAAUUUCACCUUGCAAAUUUCCUUCUCAUUUUCAUCUAUUAAAUGGGAUUAAAGAGAAUCAAAUGAAAUAUUUUACUUUUCUGGUUCAUUUUAGAAAUACAGCUAUAGGUGGAAAAACAAUAUUAAUCUUACAAUCUGGUGGUGUGAUCAUUACAAAGCAAUUAUUAAUAAAAUUAUUUACAGUUCAAACACUGAGUAUUACUGCAGAAUUUAAUUUGUUCAAUAAAAUGUAUGUGUAAAGUUCAGCUCUUGAUGUCUGUGUACAUAAACUAAAGAAAACUGUAUUUUUCCUUAAAACUUCAUUAAACACAAAUUCAUAAUUUAUUUAGAAAUAAAAAUGCCAGGCUGAUUCUGUUAUUUGAAACAGAAAUGAAUAAAUAAAUUAAUCCUCUAUCUGCAGUCUUUUCUGCCAUCUGCUGGUGCAAAGGGGAAACGAUGUUUUCAUUAGAAAUCGAGAGCUUUGCCUUUCGGCUCAGCUCCUUCUUCACCACAACAGACCGGUACAUAGACCGCAUUACUGCUGCCGCUGCACCAAUCCGUCUGUCAAUCUCACGCUCCAUCCUUCCCUCAUUCGUAAACAAGAACCCGAGAUACUUAAACUCCUCCACUUGAAGGAGGAACACCCCUCCAACCUGGAGGGGACAAGCUACCUUUUUCCAGUUGAGAACCAUGGGCACAGAUUUGGAGGUGCUGAUCCUCAUCCCAGCCACUUCGCACUCAGUUGCAAACCACCCCAGUGCAUGCUAUAGGUCCUGGCUCGAAGGAGCCAACAGGACAACAUCAUCUGCAAAAAGCAGAGAUGAAAUCCUGUGGUCCCCAAACCGGACUCCCUCCAGCCCCUGGCUGCGCCUAGAAAUUCUGUCCAUAAAAAUAAUGAACAGAACCGGUGACAAAGGACAGCUCUGCCAGAGUCCAAAGUGCACUAGGAACAGAUCUGACUUACAGCCGGCAAUGCGAACCAAGCUCCUGCUCCGGUCAGAGACCGAACGGCCCUUAACAGGGGGCCACGGACCCCAUACUCCCAGAGUAUCUCCCACAGUAUGCCACGAGGGACACGGUUGAAUGCCUUCUCCAAGUCUACAAAACACAUGUGGACAGGUUGGGCAAACUCCCAUGAACCCUCAAGCACUUUGUGGAGAGUAUAGAGCUGGUCCACUGUUGGACUAGGAUAAAACCCGCAUUGUUCCUCCUAAAUCUGAGGUUCGACUAACGGUAGGACUCUCCUUUCCAGUACCCUGGAAUAGACUUUCCAUUGGACAAUAUCCCCAGUCAAGGUCAGCAACUCUUCAGCUUGACUGCAUCCCUUACUUCCAGUGUCCACCACUGGGUUUGGGGAUUGCCACCAUGACAGGCACCAGAGACCUUACGGCCACAGCUCUGGAUAGCUGCGUCAACAAUGGAGGAGGAGAACAUGGUCCACUCAGACUCAAUGUCCCUAACCUCCCUCGGAAUCUUGUUGAAACUCUUCCGGAGGUGGGAGUUGAAGACCCCCACAACAGAGGGUUCAGCAAGACGUUCCCAACAGACCCCCACAAUACGUUUGGGUCUGCCAAGUCUGUCCGGCUUCCUCCUCCGUUAGCGGAUCCAACUCACCACCAGGUGGUGAUCGGUUGAUAUCUCAGCCCCUCUCUUCACCCAAGGGUCCACGUAUGUCGACCUCUGGCCUAGGGUGUCCUGGUACCACGUGUACUGGUGGGCAUCCUUAUGCUUGAACAUGAUGUUCAUUAUGGACAGACCGUGACUAGCACAGAAGUCCAAUAACAGAACACCACUCGAAUUCAGAUGGGGGGGUGUUCCUCCCAAUUACGCCCCUCCAGGUAUCACUGUCAUUGCCCACAUGGGCGUUGAAGUCCCCCAGUACAACUAUAGAGUCCCCCAUUGGAGCACUUUCCAGCACCCCUUGCAAGGCCUCCAAGAAGGUCAGGUACUCCACCCUGCUAUUCGGCCCAUAAGCCGAAACAACAGUGAGACACCUAUCCCCGACCCGAAGGCACAGGGAAACAACCCUCUUGUUUACCGAGGAAAACACAUGGUGGCUAAGCUGGGGGGCUAUAAGCAAGCCCACCCCAGCCCUCCGCCUCUCACCAUGAGGCACUCCAGAGUAGUAGAGGGUCCAACCUCUCUCAAAUAAAAUGUCAUUAUGUGAUAAAUGGGUAAAUUCUGAGUGGGACAGUAAAUCACUGUAACGUUAAUCUGUUUGUAGUGAUGUGAUAUCGAGCUCAGUGAGACAUUAUUAAAGCAAACUUUCUUUGGAGAAAACCUUAUUUCUACAUGUAUGUGACUAAAUGUUUCUCAUUUUUUUUAUUUUGUCCUCUGUUGUCAUGGUGAUUAAAAUCUUAGUGAAACAUGAAUUAUCAAAGCCAGUUGUGUUCCAGUGAUUCAGUGCCCCUGUUUGUCAGUGCGCAUGAGCAUUUUCUUCUAUCGCUAUGUUGAGUAUGUUUUGUGUUAUCAGUGUGUGUUAGUUUAAUUAUUUUGUGUUCAUCAGGGUAAGGUAAAUUUCAGUUUGUAUGUAAAAUAAUUUGUAAUUAAAUACAUGUUUUAAUGUACAGGUUUCAUUGACAUUACUGAAAUGUGUUUUUAACAGUAUAUUCCA